AUGCCACCCCGUCCCCGUACAUGCUUCCUAAAACUCAGGCCCCCCUCAUCCCCUCUUCCUCUCAUUUCAAUCCGUCACUUCACCUCCUCCCCAUCAAGUUCACCCUCUCCCCUAGCAAACCAGAAAAUCCUCAUCACAGGCGCAUCCCGCGGAAUAGGGCAAGCAAUCGCCACCCGCUUCGCCCAAGAAGGGGGGCGCUGCAUCUUAGUAGGUAGGAACCGCGCGGUAUUGGAGGAGGUGAAAGGGGGCUUAGCUUGUGUUGGGGAUGGGGGUCGUGAACAUGAACAUGAGAUUGCGGUUGGGGAUGUAGGACAGGAGGGAUUUUGGAGGGGGGGAUUUAGGGGGAGGGUUAGUUCUUGUUUUUUUCUCUUUCUGUCUUUUUUAAUCUUUUGACGUUUUAUUCUUACUAUCUUCUAUGUUUUGCGCUGGGAAACGUGAUCAUAAUGAGAGAGCAGGACUAACAAAGAUGAAUAGAAAGAUGUAACACACCUCAUAAACGCCGCGGGAAUCACGCAUUCCUCUCCGCUGUUCACAACUCAAGUCUCCUCUCUUGAGUCGGUGAUCCAGACGAAUCUCAUGGGCACCAUGUUAGCAUGUCGGAUUGUCGGAUUGGGGAUGUUGAAGAAUAAACAGGGUAUGUAACUGUUCAUUUCCCAUCCUUCUCGGUUUUGUAUUCUCAUAUUCUCAUAUUUCAUUUACGCUUCAAUUGCCUUCUAUUCAACCCUCUCACCCCCUCAUUUACCGUCACGCAUCCGAAACAGCUUUCUUUUUCUGGGCUGAAGAGAGAUAGAGAAGAGAAAUUGAUACUAAGAGAAGAUAGGCUGCAUCAUAAACAUCGCCUCCCUCCUCGGUCUAAAAGGCGGCCGAGGAAGCUCGGCGUAUGCAGCAAGUAAAGCAGGAGUAAUAGGUAAACUAUCUUCCCACUCACAAACCAAUUCCCCUCUAAUAGAGAGAGCUGCGCCCCCACCCAAGAGAAACUCUAAGGACUGACAAAAACCAGGCUUCACACGCGCCCUAGCAGCCGAAGCAGGCGAGAAAGGAAUCCGAGUAAACGUAAUAGUCCCGGGAUACAUAGAAACAGACAUGAUAACCGGUACGUCCACAUUAAUCUUCUACUGCCACGCAAACACUCUUUUGUCUCAACAUAUUCGGUAGAAGCACUUUUGAAAAUACACUUUCCCUUCUCAAACUUUUGUAUUUUCGUCUACCUACCAUGCAUGCUAUCAGAACCAUCCUUAUUCCGUCUGGUCAGUAUGCUAAGAAAACCACCCCCUCUAAUAUACAAACAGCUAUGCCCCCCUCAGCACGCGCCACCGCCCUCAACGCCAUACCCCUGAAACGUUUCGGUACCCCCUCGGAGAUAGCAGACGCCGCCCUCUUCUUAGCCACCAACGCAUAUGCAAACAAUUGUGUUCUCAAUCUGGAUGGUGGAUUGAGUGCCAUGUGAUCACUCAUAUGUCGCAAAAACAAGGAAGGAAGAGGAAAAGAAAAUAUAUUACAAUGAAUUUUUCGGGAUUCAUAUCCAUUUCAACCCACACCCAUAGACGCCGGGUAUUUCUGAGGUGUAAUUUUAAGGUAUGUGGGCGGUUUGGAUGGACAUUGGUGUAUCAGUCAUCGUCGAUGACGAUAGCACCAUCUGUAUCUUCCACGAUUAUGAUAUCGUCAUCGUCUGGUACAGCAGUCUGAAGCUUUGAUCGCUUAGCUUGAUGCUCGGCCUCUUCGACUUGUGAGAUGGUUCGCUUCUUGAUUGGGGAGGAGCCACUUGGUUCAGAUACGUUGCCAUUGCCGUUUGUGACAGAAGGCUCCGCAGCGUGAACACCAUUUCUAUUACUUGAACUUGAAGGCUUCUUCCUGGGGAUUGGCGAUUGAGGCUCUUGUGAUUCUGAACCGUCGGUGGGCGCAGAAACUGGUGGUGGGAAAUUUACUGCUUGGAUGGGCUUGCCAUCUACUGUGGUUCUGUACGGGUGUUAGAGAAAUAGGCGAAUAUAUCACUAUGUUAAUG